UGAAGUCGUACGUCUUGGAAUUAGUUUAAUUUGUGAUCAUUUAAUCAAAGAGUUGACAAAAAAGAAGCAAAGAAAACGUCGACGGUGGUGGGUGCGACCAUGGAUUGAAAGAAGAAAUUUAUUAGGAGCUUCCAAUACAUUGUUGAGAGAACUAGCCGUUGAAGAUCCUGAUUCAUAUUGUAAUCAUCAUCGAAUGGAUGAAAGUAAAUUUGAAGAACUUCUACUUCUUGUUGCUCCGUUAGUAACGAAAGAAAACACUUUAAUGAGAGAUAGCAUACCUACCCGGAUGAAACAUCAAAUUGUACUGAGAUACCUGGCUACAGGUGAUAGUUUUGGAAGUUUAGAGUUUUUGUACAGAGUACCUCGAAAUACAAUAUACUAUUUUUUUCAAGAAGUAUGUGAAGCCAGUUGGACAGCCCUUGGAAAGGUUAUUAAGGUUCCUGGAAGUCAACAUGAAUGGAAUAACAUAAUGGAAGACUACUAUAGAUUAUGGAACUUUCCAAACUGUUGUGGUGCAAUGGAUGGAAAAUUGGUGAAUAUAAGAUGCCCAGGAAGUUCAGGCUCUGAAUAUUUCGACUACAAAAAGAAUUUUAGUAUUCAUCUAUUUGCAGUAGUAGAUGCGAAUUAUAAUUUUAUUUAUAUAGAUGUUGGGAUAAACGAAAGGACAAAUGAUGCAUCCGUCUUUAAUAAAACAACACUGAAUGAAGCUUUGUUGUCGAAUCUUCUAAAUUUCCCAAAGGAAGGCGUAAUCGUCGCAGAUGAUGCCUUUCCUUUGCGGACGGAUGUUUUGAAACCAUAUAAUACUAGAGGAGAGUUUGGCGAUAAACAAAAAAUAUUUAACUAUCGGCUGUCAAGAGCUCGACGAGUGGUUGAAAACUCUUUUGGAAUAUUAGUAUCAAAAUUUCGAAUCUAUGAAAAGGCGAUUCCAUUGUCAGUGCAAAAAGUUGAACAACUUGUUAAAACGACGUGUGCAUUACAUAAUUGGCUCAGAAAAACUACAGUGGACUACGUGCAACAACGAUCACUGGAAACUGAGGAUUGGGUCACAGGGUCCAUUGUACCUGGAGAAUGGCGAGAAGUACCAUCUUUAGCAUUAAGCGAUUUACCACCAACCAAUGCAAGAAAUCAUAGUGAAAAUGCCCGCCGCGUGCGUGACGUAUAUGCAGAAAAGUUUGUCACUUCAUGCACUGUACCAUGGCAAUGGAACAUGAUAAGAAGAAUAUGAUGUAAUAAUACUGAAUAAACCUAUACAAUUCAUAUACGUUGUUUUUGUUUGAGUAUAAGUAUUAAGUAGGUACCUACCUAGCUUCUGUUCACGUAGUGGUCGCUUAUCGAACAGACAGACAGAGUUACUAGGAUAUGGAUUAAUAUUAUGGAUAUGGAUUAGUAUGGAUUGAUAAAAGAUUCUACUUACGAGACU